GUGGAGCUCUCCAACUUCUCAGAGGCAAUUUAUGCAGAUCCAGACGAGCUCCAGACCACCAGUAACGAGGCCUACAAUGUAGUGAAAGGGACUGGAAGGACAGCUGAAGACGAAUAUGAGGUACUACCAGACCUCCCUUCUCCCACCUCCUCCUCUGGGCCUACCACUACUGAUGCUGAUGGAGACUAUGAACCAGUUUGUCUGUGG